GGUUCUGUCCUCUAUUUUAUUUUCUAUCUUCCGUUCCCCGAACAUGGAACUAGCACUAUUCUGAUAUUGCUUGCUCACCCACGCAGCAAUAUGCAAUCAACAUACACGCUUUCACGCUGUGCAGAUUAUAACAGUGCACGUGACAGCACUUGACCCAUUAUUUGGCAGAAUAGUGUGGAUUUUACCCGGCCCGACUACGCGCGCGCAGGUUUUCGUUCAGCGCGUACCUUUUUUUCUUUUCUUUGCAAAUUCCACCCAUCAAUAUUUGUGCUCUUUUCCACAAUGCCAGGGAGCGACGAAACACAGACGCCUAGCACCAACCGGUACUCUUUUCGCACGCGCACACCUGCGAAGCCUGAGCCCGUACCCUCACAGCAGACACCAGCGCGGAAGCGGUCUCGUCCGACAGGCGCGCCGGCCAAUGCUCGCAAGUCAGCGAAGCGGGCAGCAUCCAGCUGGGCGAGCUUGCGCAAGACCAAGCCGACGUCCAAGCGCGCAGCAGCAAAGAAAGCACCGGUCAAGAAAACUAAGAAGCGUGUGGCACCAAGAAAAACCGCAAAAGCGGUAAAAGAAGAAGAGAGUGCAUCAGAGGCCGAAAACGAAGGCGCAGCUGAUAUUCCCGAAGAAAAUGUACAGGCUGAUGCAGCACCUGCAGAGAAUGCAGAAGCUACGGUGGUGAGCGGGCCGUCUAAGCGCGGGCGGAAGCCGUCGACCAAGCGCGGCGAGGGAUCCGAUAUGACGCCAGCAAUGCGCAGUUGGCAGAUUCGGCGGCUGCCAAUAAACAUGACGAAGCACGAUCCGUUUGUAGCGGAGCACCUGAUCGGCGUAGGGCGGAUUCUGCAGACGAUUCCGGUUAGCGGCACACCGAACGAGGAGCUAUACGAGAUGAUCAAGAUGAGCGACUGUCUGAAGAUGUGCGGCUACGAGCUUGGCGUGGUUGAUUUGAAGUCGCAGCCGUUUGACGAGAUCUACCGUCUGUUGUCGUGGUCAGUGCAUGCGGGCGGGCCAAGCACGAUGCCGCGGCCGUCGCCGCCGAUUUCAGAUGGCGCCAAGACGAUUUUGCUGAAGGUUGUGGCGGCAAUUGGCAGACGGAUCCGUGAGGAAACAAAGGAUAUGGCAGCAUACCAUCGAAGGCAUGCGAACCGCAAGCUGAUGCUGGCGCAGAAGGGCGAGCUUCUGCCUCAGGAUGACAAGGGCAUCCACAGGAGGAAUCCGCUAAAGAUUCCAGCACCACUGGUUGAUAUUUGGAAGGUGCCUUACAAGAAGAACACGGAUGAAGCGAACAACGAGUAGUAGCCUUAUGCUUUUCAGACAUGGUGAUAAUUAUAUUGUGUUUACUAGAAAUACUCUGCUCGUGAC